AUGGCGCACCACGCGUGGUGCCGCUCGACGUUCGACCCGUUCGAAGACCCCGCGAACUGCGUUCGCGCCGCGCGCCCCCCCAAUGCCGAGUUGUUCAUUCCGAAUGUCUCGUUCACCUCGGUCGGCGCCCAUGGAUCACUAAAUGGAAAUCCCCAGCCGUUUGAGGACGCCGUCGAGGCCUACCACGUCAACUGCCUCUCGCGCCUGCCCCCCGACGACCCGCGCUGGGCGCAUCCCCUGGCGCGGCGCCUGCGGCCCGACGUCGAGUUCCUCCGCAAGCACCACCGGGCGCGGAAGCGCCGCGUCGUUUUCGACGCGGCGGCGCUCCGCGCGCGCGAGGACCUGACGCCGGACGAGUUCGAGUACGUCGAGGCCUUCGCGAAGGGCGCCGUGGCGUGCGGCGUGGCCGCGACGCGGGAGGCGAAGAAGUCGCACUACGCCGGCAUCAGCGCGGCGAACCUCGCGGUGGUGGCCGUGCUGCGCGACAAGCGCGCCGUGCGGCAGCGCGCCGCGCUCGCCGAGCGCCAGCGCGCGCUCGCCGUCGACGUCGGCUUCACGGACGCCAUCCGGGCCGCGGUCGGGUGGGCUGGGGACGGCCUGCCCGACGACUGCCCGUCGGCGGCCCACCUCGGGUCGCCCGACUGCCCCGGGCGCGCGCGCGCGCUCCGCGCCUUCUUCGAGGGCCGGUCCCUGUCCCCGCGCGGCGUCGACAAGGACAAGGACCGGAUCCGCAAGGCCCUCGGCGACGACGGCUUCCGCGAGAUCAUCGCCGCCCGCUACCCGCGACUCGUCCCCUACCCGCACAUCAUCGAGGCGCUCGCCAAGCGGGCGCAGCUGGACCAUGUGUUCAGCUGCGCCUGCGACCACCCCAUGAACCUCUUCCUCGAGUCCGACGUCCUCAACUCCUCCUUCAGCGACUACAACAUCAUGGCCCUCAAGGCCGCCAUGUACACGCCGCCCGUCAUGCGGGCCGCGGGCGACUGGGUCCGCGCGGCGUUCUCCGCGCAGGGCGGCGGCGACCCGGACGCGUCGAGGGAGCCCGCGGUCGCGGACAAGAACGACUGCUCGAGCGGCGCGUCGCCGUUGUCGUCGCGCGUCGGCGGCGCGCCCGCCGCGGCGGGCGCGUCGGCCCAGGCCGGCGCGUCGACGGAGAACGCGGCGUCGGCCGGGAACGGCACAUCCGAGGCCGCGGCGGCGUCGCCGUCGGGCGCCGACGCGGAGCGGCGCGCGGCCGCGGCGACGUGGUGCGGCGAGAGCGACGAGAGCGAGAGGUCGUGGACGGGCCGGCCCGCCGCGGACGCCGUGGAGACGCGCGCCGGCGGCGGCGGGAGCGUUGCCGAACUGCGACGCGCUCUACAUGUCGGUGAGCGCGGCGUCGAGUUCGGCCCGGUCGCGUCGCCCCCGACGCCGGCGUUCGCGCCGUGGACCGACGCCACGGAGCGCGAGCUCCAAGCGCUCAUCCGGCGGAAGCAAAAGGCACUGCUACAGCCGGCGCCCGGCGCGCCGAACCCGUUCCGCCUCUCCAUCCACGCUCACGCCCUCGACGCCGCAUGGCGCGCCCAGCUCGCGCCUCGCGACCGCAUCAUGCCGAACGCCGCCGACUGCGACUUCACCAAGCUGACCAAGGCCGUCGAGGCGCAGGCGCGCUCGUUCUACGACGCCUACGGCGAGGCGCAGCGGACGUUCGAGCUUCCCAUCCCGUGCCACCCCAUCGAGCUCAUCGGCCUCAGCGCCGCUACGGCGUCAACGGCCGCCGCGAUCUUCGAGGAGGCGACGCUGCGCGUGAGCGGCGACCCGACGAUGGCCGUGCUGCGCGCGCACGUGCGGGCUAUCGUCUUCGAUGAGUCGGGCCUGGGGAAGAUGAUGCUGGAGGCUCGCCUCGGCCUCUCGAACAUCUCCGAGGAGGUCUACGCCGCCGCGCGGCAGCUGUACACCGUCGCCUUCGUCCUCGACGACAUCACCAUGGCGCGCCCCGAGGGCAUCGUCCUCAUCCCGCUCAUCUUCGCGGCCAUGUGGGAGGACCUGGAGUUCAACGGCGCGUGGAAGCGCUACUUCGGCCCCAAGCGCGUCGCGUUGGUCGCGGCCGCGGUCGCGUUCCCCACGAAGGACGCCGCCAUGCGCAUGCAGGCGGGCCUCCGCCACGUCGACGCCCCCGGGGGCGCCGGGCUCCAGACGCGGCUCGACGAGGUCCUCGCCGACGACCCGGCCGCGGACGGCGACGGCGGCGACGGCGCGACCGUCAUGGAGGAGGAGGCGACGCGCGUCGACGGCUCCGGCGGCGCCAUCGACGAGGAGCGGUCCCGCCAGGUGGCCGUCGACGCGCAGGCGUCGCUCGCGGGCUUCGAGGAGCGGCCCGCGGCGUCGGAGGGCGCGAAGGCGUCCGGCGGCGACGGCGGCGACGGCGCGACCGUCAUGGAGGAGGAGGCGACGCGCGUCGACGGCUCCGGCGGCGCCAUCGACGAGGAGCGGUCCCGCCAGGUGGCCGUCGACGCGCAGGCGUCGCUCGCGGGCUUCGAGGAGCGGCCCGCGGCGUCGGAGGGCGCGAAGGCGUCCGGCGGCGACGGCGUCACGGAUUUACUGGCGACCUUCGCGGCCCACGAGCUCGGCGAGCCGCCCGCGCCCCAGGCCGUCGACGCCGCCGCCGUCGACAAGGCCGAGGCCGCCUUGGCGGUCGCGCUGGCGAAUUCGAAUUCGCCGCCGCCCCCAACGGUCGCGCAGCUCGCGCAGAGCUCGAACGCGGAGGCCCUGCGUGCUGUGUUGGCAAAGCUCGCGACGCGCACGGCGCGCCGGCGGCGCUCCAACCCCGUCGUGCUCCGCGAGGAUGCCUACGUCGUCCUCGAUGCCCUUUACGACGACGACGGGGCGAUGCGGCGCAAGGCCGAGCCGCUCGAGGCCGAGGCUCGGUCCAAGAGCGACGCGGCGAAGGCGGCGUUGCGCGAGGGCUGGCGCAUGGGCGUGGCCGAGGACGAGAUCGAUCGGCUCGACCGCGUCGUCGAGGCGUGCGAGCGCGCGGAGUCCGAGAUCCGCGCGCGGCACAGCCUGCACCGGGGCGAGACGCAGGACGACUGGCGGGGUCACAAGUUCUGCCUCGUGAAGAUCGCGAAGAUGACGCGGAAUCGAGCCAAAUGGACUCAGGACGGCUUGGAGGUCGUGAAAUCAUCUGCUGGAGCGAACUUUAGCCUGGUAGUCGUGGAGCCGGUUGCUCCAGGUGGCACGCCGACGGCGGCGCUACCCGCGGCGCCGGCCGAGGACCCGGUGACCGCGGCGCGCCGGACGCUCGCAGUGCUCGGCGCGGAGCUCGAGAACGCCACGACGCGCGUCCUGCGGGUCCACGGCGUGAGUAAGCGCGAGGCGAUCGUGGCGCGCGUGAAGGGCCGCAUCGACGCCGUCGACAUCUGCGACGACGUGGAGCUGCGCGACAUCCGGAGCGACCUCGUCCGCCGCGCGGAGGCGCUGCCCCUCUCGACCGAGGCCCCGCGGCAGGAGCCCACGGCCGUCGAGGCCGCCGCGCCGCAGGAGCCCGUGGGCCGCGACGAGGUCGCGGUGAUGGUGCACCCGGGCGACGAGCGCUUGGAACUUGCGUCCGUCCUGCAAUACGACCGGAGCUUCGGAGGAGGGUACGAGGUGCAGCUCGAGCGCGACAAGGAGAUCGUCGAGCUCCCGGCGAAGCGCGUGCGCCGCCUGGACCCGCACGAGGAUGACGACUUCGCGAAGGGCGAGCCCGUCCUCGCGCUCUUCCCCGAGACGACGUCGUUCCGCCGCGCCGUCGUGGCCCAGAAGCCGAAGCGGGCGCGCGGCGGCGCGCCGCUCGAAAUCGUCGGAUCCACGACGGCCCUCGCCGCGGAGCCGACGCCCUACGCCCUGUCCGACACGAAAUCCGAGGAUUUGGCGACGCUGGCGUCGCUGCCCAUCAUCUGGGCCCUCAUGGUCGUGGUCAUGCGCGUCCUGUCCGACGCGAUCGAGCCCGUCUACUGCGUGCUUUGGUCCCAGGCGCUCACGCUCCCCUACUUCGCCGGCGCCGCGCUGCUCAGCCCGGCCGACGAGGACAAGUCGGGCUCCCUCGGCGCGACGCUCGCCACGGGCAGCGUCCUGGGCCUGCUCUGGGCCCUCGGCGCGCUCGUGCAAAACACGGGCUUCGAACACGGGGCCUCGGCGUCGCACGGCGCGUUCCUCACGCAGAUGACGACGCUCCUCGUGCCGACCUUCUCCAUGCUGCGCGGCGACGUCGUGCCGAAAAAGUUCCUCUACGCGUGCGCGCUCGCGCUGCCGGGCAUCGCGUGCUUCACCUUCGACGCGGGCUCGGGCGGCGGCUCGUCGUCGCUCGACGGCGACGCGCUCUGCGCGCUGGCGGCGGUGGUCUAUUCGUCCUACGAUUUGUACCUGGCGUCCGUGGGCGACGACUUCGACGGGAACCGCAUGAACUUCGCGCGCGCCGUCUUCGGCACCGGCGGCGCGGCCGCCGCCGCGAUCGCGUUCGGGUCCUUCGGCGACGACAUCACCGACGUCGCCGACGUCGUGAGCGGCGUCGCGGUGCCCGCGAUCGGCUUGCCGGUGCUCGCGUGCCUGAACCUGGCGUCGACGACGAUCCAGCCCAAGGCCCACGCCGCCGUGCCGCCGGCCGUGUCCCAGAUCUUCUACGCGCAGACGCCCAUGUGGGCGUCGCUCCUCGCGUUCCUCCUCCUCCGCGAGUCGUUCUCGCCGUCGUCCCAGCUCGGCAUCGCGGCCUUCACGCUGAGCCUCGCCGUCGCCGCGGCGCCCGACGACGCCCUGGCGAAGCUCCUGCCGAAGCAGGAGGCGGCCGAGUCGCCCCGGCUGGAGAACCUUAGCACCACGGCGCUCAUCGCGCCGCGCGCGGCGACGCCGGCGCUCACGCGCGUGCGCGUGGAGACGCUCAACUUCGGCGAGAUGCUGCAAAACGUCGCGAAGCAGGUCGGCGGCGCGCGCGCCAGCGCCGCGGCGUCGCAGACCGCCGGCGAGAAGCUGAAGGCGUUGCUCGGCAAAGCAGAAGGAGUGGACCCGGCGGAGAUCGCCGCGGCCUGCGCCGACGACGUGCUCUACGAGGACAUGGCGUCGUCGACGUUCAAGGGCCCCGCCGCCGUCGCCGCGUAUUUCACGACCAAGUACCAGGGGUGCCGCAUCGCCGUGGAGAAGACGGCGGGCAACGCGACGACGGGCGGCAUGACCUGGCGCCGGGAGAAGGUCGGCGACUCGAGCGUCUACGGCCUCCGCGGCACGACGUACUGCCGCUUCGACGAGGGCGGCAAGCUCCUCUACGUCCGCGAGGGCAGCGAGCCGCUGCUCAAGCCCGGCGAGGCGACGGAGGCGCUCCUGAAGGCCGUGACGGCGAACGUGGAGAAGGAGGACACGCCCGCGACGUACGAGCCGCGGGCGCCGACGGGCGCGGUCGCCGUCGCCGACUACCUGUGGAACGAGGCCUACCCCAAGGGCGCGACGCCCGCCGUGGCGCUGGAGCUCUUCGCCGAGGACAUCCGCUACGAGGACUUCAACUACCCGGCGCCGUUCCUGGGCAAGCCCGCGGUGAAGGAGUUCGUCGAGGCGUUCGACAUCCCGGGCAUCGACUUCGUGCCCCUGGAGAUCUCCGGCGGCGACGUCGACGGCGGCGCGUGCUGCUUCACGUGGAUCGUGAAAGUCAACGGCCAGGACGGGCCCAAGGGCAUCUCGUUCUACGAGUCCGACGGCGCGGGCAAGAUCUCCUACAUCCGCGACAUCCCGGCGACGACGCCCGCGCCGCUCCAGGCCAUCGCGGCGCUGGUGAAUCCCGAGCUGCGCGUCUUCUCGCCGCGGGCGGACUAG